AUGCAUCGAGACUCGAGACACUCAAGACUCUCUCUGUCGGAGCCUUUUCCCUCUCUUGCGCUCCUUCCUCGAAUGGCUCGCUCUGCUACGGAUACCUCAGAAGCGAUCGCGACGACCUGGGCCGGGGCCGGGACCCACCUAGGCCGAGCUGAGCUGUACUGCCUUACACCAUCGACCUAG